AUUCUGUCACAUAUCAACGAUAUUACCUAUUCUGUGGCUGUCACAUGACAUAUAGAAAAUUCAAAACAAUUCUUUAUACACUUGUACAGCUUUUCUUUUCAGAUUUGCAAAAUUUGAUUGAUGUCGUUUAUUGUAAUUGAGGAUAGUCGUAAUUGGAAUAAUAAAUAGUGCAGUACUUAUAAACACUCACAGCACAUAUUAUAAUAAUUUAAUAUUGAAUCACUUUAAAAUGGUUACUGAAUCAGUUUGCGAAAUGGAAACAAUAAAUGACUUGUUGGACAAAAUGACUUUGCGUCAGUUACAUUUAAUGGAAGAUAAGAUGAGAAGUGAAGUGAAUAUUGAAACCAGUAUAAAUAAUGGCUGUUUUCAUUUAGCAAAAUCACGAUAUAUUAUGGGUCAAACAUCUGUAAGCAAGGAGAGACUUCCUAUGGAAGCGAGUGCAGAGUUUUCAGCAUCAACACAGUGUGAAACUGUUGAAGAAGAUAAUACGAAACAAUUUAAAAUUAUUGAAAAUAAUUCCAAUACUGUGAAUCCAAUGCAUUGGUUUGGAGUUUUAGUUCCUCAGAACUUACAUAAAGCAAAAAGCAUUUUUCAAAAUACUCUUAAUUUUGUUGUGGAAUGUGCUAACAUUCAAAUACAGUUAUUAGAGAAUUUGAACAACAUAAUGCUUUUGAAAAGCUAUAAGGAUGCAGUUAAAUCAACAUAGGUAAGAUCCGAGUUUCCCAAUUAUUUAGCAAAUUUCGUAGAAGUGAUUGAAACAAUUAUAUUAUUAUUCAAAUGUCAAAUAUAUU